AUGUUGUUGCGAAUUCUCGAAACAGAUAACAACAUCGCCUUCACCUUAUACGACAGAGGAGACCUAGUGAAGGCCACACGUGGCUUUCACAAGGCCAACAUCGUCGGGGAAGGAGCACAUGGCACCGUCUACAAGGCCACCCUCGGCACUGACACUGUCGCGGUGAAGCGAUGCAAGCAGAUCGAGAAGAGCAGGACGGAUGAGUUCGUCCAGGAGCUGGUCGUGCUCUGCCGCGUCAACCACCCAAACAUCGUCAGGCUCCUCGGUUGCUGCCUCCAUUUCGAGGCGCCCAUGCUCGUGUACGAGUUCGAGCCCAACGGGACCCUGAGCGAUCUGCUCCACGGCAGGCCUCGGCGCCGGGUGGUGACGCUGCCAACCCGGCUGAGGAUCGCCGCGGAGACCGCGGAGGCCCUCAAGCACCUGCACUCGCCGCCGCACCCGACGCUCCACGGCGACGUCAAGCCGCAGAACAUUCUGCUCGGCGACGGAUGGGUCGCUAAGGUGUCCGACUUUGGGUGCUCAACUAUCAACGACAACGUGCAGGUGGUGCCCAAGGGCACGCUGGCCUACCUUGACCCUGAAUUUCUACAGGACUUCCAGAUAACCGAGAAGACCGACGUCUACAGCUUCGGGGUCGUGCUGAUUGAGCUCUUGACUGGUAAGAACCCACAGGCCAAAAAAUGGAAGAACCUGACCACAACGUUUCAGGACAGGAUGGGAAAUGGCACCCUUGGUGAUCUUCUAGACGCUGACAUAGUCGAGGAAGGGAGCAUGGGACUGAUAUAUGCAGCUGCCAAGCUAGUGAGCCGAUGCAUCGCUGCUCCGGGUAAUGCAAGGCCGGCCAUGAGACAGGUCGCUGUGGAGCUUCGGCAAUUUUCGGAUGAAAUGCCGGAAAGCCCUGAGGCGCGAGCGGCUCUCGAGGUUGAGGAUGGCAGGUAUAGCUACACUGCUACUGAGGGUGAAACUACUGGAUUUUCUAAUCUUCCUGCAGUGAGCACAGAACUCGCCCGAUGA